UUAUGUGGUUUUCAAUUUAAUUUUACUAAAUAUUAUCAAAAUAUAUUAAAAUAUUUAAAAAAAAUAGAAGUAUUUUCAUUGUGAAUAUAAAACCGUUUCUACUUAUAUAAAAUAUAUAUAGAGAUAGAUUAAAUUUAUGAUUUUAAUGGAACUAUAUAUUUACAUGAGAUUUUUAAAAAUAUUAUUAUUUUAUUAUUUUAUCGAUUUGUGUCAUAUUUUACACCGACACAAGUUUGGACCGACAGAAUUUAUUAAUUUAUAGAGAUUAUUAAUUUAUUGAGUAUUAAUUUAUUGAGUAUUAAUUUAUAGAGGUUCUACUGUAUAGUAGUUGUAUUAGUUGAAAAUAAUUUAAAGCAGAUUGACUUCACUUAAUUUUGCUGUUGUUGAAAAUAUGUGAUUGGUAAUAAAUAUCCCACUUAGUCAAUGUAAAAUAAACAAUUUUUUGAGCAAGGGGAAACAAUCUGUAUAUGAAAAUGUACUCUUGCCGACAACGAAAACUUGGCAAUUUUAGUAAAAUUCUAGCAUGCCUAUAUAUCCAGUAGAUUUGACGUAAAUUAAAUGUAAAAGUUGUAAAGGCAAGCAUUUUGCAUGAAGUACGCCGCAAAAGAGUUUAUGGGAGUGUGAUGCAUGGGGAUUCACGUCGUCUACGCUGACAAAACUUAAUAGAAUACUAAAACUUAAUAGUCUCUCUAGCUUCGUACAUGUAUUUAAGACUGUCCUUAGGUCGAACCUCAAACAUAGACUCGCAACACAGAUCUUGAGGGAGAUCAAGAUUUGAUUCUAUUUUGUCUUACAAAAAUGAAACAAACCAAUCUCCUAUGUAACUUAUUCAUAGGAACCUUGUUAGUUUGGUUGGGCUCUGUUUUGGUUAAGGCAGAAGACCCUUACUUGUUCUACACUUGGACUGUUACCUAUGGAACAAGAUCUCCUUUGGGUGUUCCUCAACAGGUCAUUCUUAUCAAUGGGCAGUUCCCUGGUCCAGCGAUUGAAGCUGUCACAAACAACAACAUUGUUGUUAAUCUCAUCAACAAGCUCGACGAACCUUUCCUCAUCACUUGGAAUGGAAUUAAACAGAGAAGGACAUCGUGGCAAGAUGGAGUAUUGGGAACAAACUGUCCGAUCCCACCAAACUCGAACUGGACUUAUCAGUUUCAACUUAAAGAUCAAAUCGGCACUUUCACUUACUUCGCUUCCACAUCGAUGCACCGAGCUAGUGGUGCUUUUGGUGCUCUCAACAUUAACCAGAGAUCCGUUAUUACCACUCCUUAUCUCACACCUGAUGGCGAUUUCACCCUUCUCGUCACUGACUGGUUCAAAUUGAGCCACAAGGAUUUGCGAAAGCGGCUUGACGCAGGCUAUGCACUUCCACUUCCGGAUGCUCUUCUUAUCAAUGGUGCUUCUAAAGGUUUAAUAUUUACCGGUCAACAAGGCAAAACAUACAAGUUUAGGGUAUCGAAUGUGGGGAUAGCAACAUCCAUAAACUUUAGGAUUCAAAAUCAUACAUUGACCCUCAUUGAAGUAGAAGGCGCUCACACUCUUCAGGAGAGCUACGAGUCUCUUGACGUCCACGUUGGUCAAUCGGUGACGGUCUUGGUUACUUUAAAAGCUUCAGUGAGGGACUAUUACAUUGUAGCCUCGAGCCGGUUUACCAAACCAGUACUAAACACUACCGCGAGUCUUCGUUACCUAGGCUCCAAAAACGCAGUCUAUGGCCCUCUUCCCGUUGGUCCUACUUACCAUAUCCACUGGUCCAUGAAACAAGCAAGAACCAUCAGGAUGAAUUUGACGGCAAAUGCUGCAAGACCAAACCCACAAGGAUCAUAUCACUAUGGUACCAUACCGAUAAACCGAACUUUGGUUCUAGCCAAUGCGGCUACGAUGCUCUAUGGCAAGCUUCGGUACACGGUAAACCGAAUAUCAUACAUCAACCCAACAACACCUUUGAAACUUGCCGAUUGGUACAACAUUUCGGGCGUGUUUGAUUUCAAGACAAUCCUUAGCACUCCUACAAUCGGACCAGCUCAUUUUGGUACAUCGGUUUUCGACAUUGAGCUCCAUGAGUUCGUGGAAAUCGUUUUCCAGAACGAUGAGAGAUCAAUUCAAUCUUGGCAUAUGGAUGGUACUAGUGCCUUUCUUGUUGGAUUUGGGUCAGGGACAUGGAAUGAGACCAUGAGAAAACGUUACAACUUGGUUGAUGCUGUUGCAAGGCACACCUUUCAGGUGUAUCCGUUGUCGUGGACAAGCAUAUUGGUGUCGUUGGACAACAAAGGGAUGUGGAAUUUAAGGUCACAGAUAUGGUCGAGGAGGUAUUUAGGUCAAGAGCUCUAUGUUCGUGUCUGGAACGAUGAGAAGUCUCUAUACACUGAAGCUGAUCCGCCUCUCAACGCUCUUUAUUGCGGCCUAGCCAAACGUCCCCUUUAGAUAUUUUUCACAUAUAUUAUUGUUCUUACAAGUGGAGUGAGGAAAAAGAACAAACGUACACCUCAUUGAUUUUUCAAUAAACAGACAGAAAAAGAAAAGAAAAACUUUAUGUCUUAUGAAUUGUAUUCGGAUUGUGUUCAA